GAGGCAGCCAUGGUGCGGUUCAAGCACAGGUACCUGCUCUGCGAACUGAUGUCUGACGACCCCCGCUGCCGCCUGAGCCUGGACGACCGAGUGCUGGGCGGCCUCGUACGGGACACGAUCGCCCGGGUACACGGGACCUUCGGCGCGGCCGCUUGCUCGAUCGGCUUCGCGGUUCGAUACCUCAAUGCCUAUACUGGAAUAGUGCUACUUCGAUGCCGAAAGGAAUUCUACCAGCUUGUGUGGUCAGCUCUUCCUUUCAUCACGUACUUGGAGAACAAAGGACACCGUUACCCUUGUUUUUUCAACACGUUAUAUGUGGGAGGUACAAUUAGAACAUGUCAGAAGUUCCUAAUUCAGUACAACAGAAGGCAGCUGUUGAUCUUGUUGCAGAACUGCACUGAUGAAGGAGAACGGGAAGCUAUCCAGAAGUCAGUUACAAGAAGCUGUUUACUAGAGGAGGAGUCCGGUGAAGAAGAGCUUUCAGAUGGUGGUGAGGAGGCUGCUGAAGCAAUGGAGUGAACUGCUUACCAUAUAGCAAGCUACACUGUGCCCAAGCCCUGGGCCUACUUGUUGGAACAGGACAUUCUGGUGGCAGUAGCAUUUUCUAGUUUUCCAAGGAUGACUGCUAACCAAAGGACAUGUUGCCAAUUUGAAAUGGAGGACUUACUUAAACUGAAGUUGCCUUUACCUAGCAUUCCCUGGUUAAGAGAUACAGGUUAUGAACUUUGUAGUUAUAGACAUUUUUGUAUUUAACUGCUUGGCUGAGAGAAAUUUAAUAAGUGUAUUUGGGUUUUGUAGCAUUUAUCAUACCUACCUGUAUUUUAAAAAUGGCUUACAGAGUUCAUGCUUGGCAUUUUCAAAUCUCUGUCCCCCUCUAGCCUUGGCCUUGGUGGGAAGACUGGCUGGGAAUACUUAGCCUUCUACUUUGUAACCCCAGGAUAGAUCCUAGGCAAGCCAAGUCAUUUUAAGUAGAACUAUUAGUAAAACCCAGCAACUAAACUUGGCACAAAUCUAUAGCCAGUAUCAGUAUGACCCACAAGGCCUUCUAAAUACCACAUUCCUUGCCACUACUUAAUCAGGUGACUUAACAGUACAGUUUUUGGACUGGGGGGGGCAGCUCACCUGACUUCAUUAUUACACAGCCAUGCAGCAGCUACCAACUUUGGGCAAUUUUCUACAGUCUACUCUUCCCUCUUGCCUUAUACCGGAAGACGGGUUGAGACUGCCACAGACUCGUGAUCAGUUUUGGCCUCCGACCUAUUGUUGACAUUUCUAGGAUCUCUCUUCUCCACAGUAAAGUAGAUGACACUGAAAGAACUGUACAUAUUUAACAGAUUUGUGAUUUUUUACUGGUUUGAUCUUUUUUUUUUUGAGUUGGAGUCUCACUCUGUCACCCAGGCUAGAGUGCAAUGGCACACUCACAGCCACCACAGCCUCAAAGAUUUGUGAUUUUGGCUUCAAUGUGCCCCCCUCAUCUCAGGGCCAGAACAUCCUCCCUCACCCAGGAGAGUUCUUGACCCAGGAUUUAUUUUAAAAUGGCAGGUUAAAGCCAAGCCCAGCUCCAGACAUUAGUCCAUGACAGAAGAAUCGCUCAAGUUCAUAGUAGCUAUUACUUUAACCUAUUCAAGAAAUAACAUGUCUAGCUGACCUGUAAGAACUUAAAAAAACAAAAAAAGCUCAGACUGCUUGUGCAGGUAAUUUAUUGCCACUAACUUGCCUUGACAUUCUGUUACACCCAGAGGUUACUUUAUUAAGCAGCAAAAGAAUUCACAUCACUCAGAUUCAGUUCAAACCAAGGCAUACACAAACCACUCUAGAUACCAGGGAGACAGUGGGCAAUCCUGUUUUCAAACUGUACUAUUCUCCGGGCGUGCCAGACUCCUAUUCCUACAACUCAGGCCACUAUCACUGAAAACAAGCUUGAUCUUGAUCUGAGGGCUGGCAGUUCCCAGGGCUUCCUUAGUGACAGUUACAACUUUCCUUACCAAAUAAAGCCAUUCAAGUGUAAAACCAUCCCUUCACACAUUCAAGUGCCAAGGACAAACUACCCCACCAAGCUGGCAACCUAGAUCUGGCACCACAGCCUGGCCAUUUGUCAGAAGAAACACUGCAAUUCAAACUGGGUGUCCUAAAUCCAUUUUAUUACCAUUCCUCUGUUUCUUUAACAAGGAGAACUGAACAGGUAGGAAAGAUUCAACUAUUUUAAAAAGAUAAACUAAGAAAUAUGCUGGAAUCAUAAAGCCCUGACGCAUGCUACUAAGCAAAAGUGGUGCUGUACCACUCUGGUCUGGGCUGCUCCAAGGGAUACUGAAAGGACUCAAACUUACUUUGGGUUGAGAAAAGUUUAUACAACGGGUCAAAAAGACUAACCUGGAAAUAAACUAAAAACCUUGGCAGGAAGAGACCUCUUGUGUCAAUACUUUAUUUUGGUGUAAAGACGGGAAGCUGGAAAAUACAUUGUAUUUAAAAUGUUCUUGGUUCCCCCUCACACUGGAAACUCCCUCCCCCCAGAGCAAAUCUGUUCAAACUCAAAUAC